GCUGCGGGAAUCCUGAGCCUCACAAGUUCCCUCAAACUGCAGCCGCGAGGAUCUCGGCAGAACUUUCUCCGGAGGAAUGGGCUCGCUGUUUGUCACGUCUGCGAGGCACGCGGCCGCGAGGACACGGAUUUAGGAGCGGACGGGUGGGGGAGGCAGCUCCAAGGAGACUCAUUUGGGGUUUUUUCCUCUUUUUGUGGGCUUUCACACUUUGGACUGUUUGCUGAAGAACCCACGACGUCCGGAACAAUGCGGCCCCCAUCGCAUCCCAGGACUUUUUCGGGGUUCGCCGCGCUUUUCUUCCUGGUUCUGGGGCUGGAACGGGGGUCCGGGUCCGGGUCGAGGACGUGCCCGCCUCCCUGUCAGUGUUUUGGGGAACUUGUGGACUGCGGUCAGGUGGAAAAGGGACGAUUUCCAAUGUGGUUCCCCGUUUGGACUGUUCGACUGGACCUUAGUCAUAACAAACUACAGACGGUUAACAGAGAUUUGUUCUCCAACCUGCAGAAUCUGAGUGAAAUAAAACUGAACCACAAUGAACUUAAGGAAAUGCCGGAUUUGGGACCAUUUGCUUCAAGAAUCACAGUCCUUAUUUUAGCAAACAACAAGAUGGCCAGGAUCUCCCAGGAGCAGCUCAGGCCCUUCCUCUCCCUGGAAACGCUGGACCUCAGCUACAACAACAUAGUGGAAAUGAAGGCGGGCUCCUUCCCCGCUCUGCCCCUCAAGAACUUGUUUCUCAACAACAAUCGGAUCUCCUCGAUGGAGACGGGCUGCUUCGCCAACCUGUCCAGCACGCUACAGGUUCUGAAGCUCAACCGCAACCGCCUGUCCACCAUUACGCCCAAGAUCUUCCAGCUGCCCAGCCUCCAGCACCUGGAUCUGAGCCGGAAUCGGAUUCGCCACGUGGAAGGCCUGACUUUCUUGGGUCUUCAGUCUCUUCGCUCCUUGAAGAUGCAGAGAAACGGCGUGAGCCGGCUGAUGGACGGCGCCUUCUGGGGUCUGGAGAACGUGGAAGUCCUACAACUGGACAACAACAACCUGACGGUGGUGACGAAACGCUGGCUGUACGGGCUGCUGACUCUGCAGCACCUCCACCUCGGACACAACGCCAUCGGCGCCAUCGAACCCGAGGCCUGGGAGUUCUGCCAAAAGCUUAGCGAGCUCGACCUGUCCUCCAAUCGCCUCUGUAGACUGGAGGAGUCCAGCUUUGCCGGUCUCAGUCUGCUGGACGAGCUGCACAUCGGAAACAACCGCAUAAGCUUCAUCGCAGACGGAGCUUUCCACGGCCUGUCCAACCUGAAGACGCUGGAUUUGAAAAACAAUGAAAUCUCUUGGACCAUCGAGGACAUGAACGGACCUUUCUCUGCUCUGCAUAACCUGAAGAAACUGUUUCUGCAUGGGAACAGGAUCCGCUCCGUGACCGCAAAGUCUUUCUCAGGCCUGGACACGCUGGAGCACCUAGAUCUCAGUCGGAACGCCAUCAUGGCCAUCCAGGAUGACGCCUUUGCUCCACUGAAGAACCUGCAGGAGCUCCGUCUGAACACGUCCAGCCUCCUCUGUGACUGCCAUCUGAAGUGGCUUCCUGUUUGGGUGACUCAGCAAACCUUCCUGCUCCGCCUGGACGCCAGCUGCGCCCACCCGCAGACGCUGCAGGGCAGGAGUGUGUUCGGCGUGGGCCAGGAGGAGCUGGUGUGUGUUGACUUCCCCAAGCCUCAGAUCACAGUGCAGCCCGAGACCCGGUCCGCCCUCAAAGGCAACAACGUGACGUUUCUGUGCUCCGCGGCCAGCUCCAGCGACUCCCCCAUGACCUUCGCAUGGAAGAAAGACAACGAGCUGCUGAACGACGGCGAGAUCCAUAACCAGGCUCACCUGCGGGUGCAGGGCCGAGUGGGAGGAGAGACGGAGGUGACGGAGUACAGCAGCACUCUGCAGCUGCGCAGCGUGGACUUUUCCAGCGAGGGGAAGUACCAGUGUGUCAUCUCCAAUCACUUUGGAUCGUCCUACUCCACCAAAGCCAAGCUCACGGUUCACAUGCUCCCUUCCUUCACUAAGAUGCCCAUGGACUUGAGCGUCCGGGCCGGCGCCACGGCUCGCCUGGAAUGUGCAGCUGGCGGUCAUCCGUCGCCUCAGAUCGCCUGGCAGAAGGACGGCGGGACGGACUUCCCAGCGGCUCGUGAACGCCGCAUGCACGUCAUGCCAGAGGACGACGUCUUCUUCAUCGUGGAUGUGAAGACCGAGGACAUUGGCGUGUACAGUUGCACGGCUCAGAACACAGCCGGGGCUAUUUCUGCUAACGCUACGCUAACGGUUCUCGAAACACCCUCUUUUCUGCGUCCGCUCAUCGAUCGCACCGUUGCCAAGGGAGAGACGGCGGUCCUCCAGUGCAUCGCCGGGGGCAGCCCUGCCCCCAGGCUGAACUGGACCAAAGAGGACAGCCCCCUGCUGGUGACCGAGCGCCACUUUUUUGCCGCCGCCAACCAGCUCCUGAUCAUUGUGGACGUGACAGAAGCCGACGCGGGAAAGUACACCUGCGAGAUGUCAAACACUCUGGGGACGGAGAGAGGGAACCUGCGGCUGGUGGUCAUCCCAAACCCCAACUGUGACUCGGGAGGGCAGGGCGGCGUCGGGAUCGGCCUCAUAACUGGAGUAGGGUCUGACCAUGACGGAUGGACCACCGUCGGGAUUGUUAUCAUAGCGGUGGUGUGCUGCGUGGUCGGGACGUCCCUGGUGUGGGUGGUCAUCAUUUACCACACUCGACGACGAAACGAGGACUGUAGCAUCACAAACACAGAUGAGACCAACCUGCCUGCAGAUAUCCCCAGCUAUCUGUCCUCCCAGGGGACUUUGGCUGACCGACAGGACGGGUACAUCCCAUCUGAGAGUGGAAGCAGUCAUCAGUGCAUGACUUCAUCCAUCAGCGGCUACUACCUGCAGUCUAAAGACACCAACGGUCUCUGCCAGCUUGACACAGGAAGUGAAGCAGACAUGGAAGCUGCUAUUGAUCCGUUGCUCUGCAACUAUCAAGGUCCAGUCGGUUCUCUGCUUCGCUCAGAUAACGUUUACUACAACGAGCCAUCAGACGUCUUCUCAGGGUGUCCAGUCAGCCAAAGACCAGUCUGCGGCGGCCUGACCACCUCCAAAAGACGGGACUAUUUCACAUCGGAGCAUUUCGACGCCUGCUCUUCUGCCUUCCUGAUGUCACUUCCUGUUAGCGGUCCUUUCCCGCAGCACAGUGAGCGCCGGCCGUCCAUCGAGGAGGUGGAAGUCUCUGACUGUGGGGUGCCUCCUGAUCGCCCCCCUCCCUACAACACAUUUAUGGGAACGUUUGGGAAAGCUCCCUGGAGACCUCUGCAGGAUCCAGGCUUCAGUCACAGCGGGAUAACUCUGCAUGAAGACCCCUACGCUGCCCCAGAUACUGACUUGGACCGGGCCAGCAGCGACGGCAAGGAUGUGUCCUGUGAGCAGAUGAGCAGCGUCUACGAGCAGCUGUUUGACAGCUACAGGACUGACAGCAUCUCACAGCGCAGGAUGAGCACUUAGCCGAGUCCAGCUGCUCUCUGCCUUCAUGAAGAGGUCAACCAAACCCCCGAAACCUUUCUACCUCACUGAACGGACUCCUCUGCAAUAAGGCUUCUAUGAGUGAAUGUAAAGGACAUCAGUGUGUCAACAUGAGAAGCAGCAUCGCAGCUGCUGGAGAUCAAUGGAAACCUUUGUUUUUAUAGAAAGUUUUAUUAUAUUUUGUAAAUUGUGUAUAAACAGAAUUCAUUAUUUUUCCUUACAUUUUGUGUAUGAUUGUUCUGCAGCUCUCUUGUUCAUUUAUUUCAGCUUUGAAUGAAGCGAUGUUUUGCACAUAUGUAAACAAUAAAACAGAAAAUCCUUC